AUGGCUUGGUGUUAUAAGAUUAAUGGGUACACUGAAAUGCAUAAGGGUGAAAGAGAUAAGGCUAUUGUCACCACUAUAAAGAAGAAACAAUACAACUUUCUUGACCAGCGAAAGACAGAUUUUGACCAGGAUUAUGAUGAAUUCUGCAAACAAAUCAGUGAUCUUCAAAAUCAGAUAAAGACAUUCAUGGACACAACCUUUGAGAAAAUCCAAAACACAGAGAGAGCACUGAAUAUGCUGAAGAAGUUUGAAAGGCUUGGAAUCCCAGAGCUUGGCAUUGAUGAGAAGUACCAUAUGAUCUUACUAAACUAUGGACAUGACAUUGAAAUGGUCUCUAAGAUUUAUACAAAACAAAAGAAUGAACCCCCAAUUGCUCGUGAUAUGCCUCCUAUUUCAGGUAAGAUUCUUUGGGCACGUCAGCUGUUCCGAAAGAUCCAGGAGCCUAUGGACCUUUUCCAGCAGCAUCCUACGCUCUUACAGACUGCAGAUGGAAAACGUAUAGUUCGAAACUACAACAAAGUGGCAAAAGUUCUUCUGGAAUUUGAAGUACUGUAUCACAGAGGCUGGCUUAAACAGAUUGAAAUAGCUAAAACUGGACUUCAAGCUUCACUUCUAGUGAAAGCUCCAGAAACUGGAGAACUGUUUGUAAAUUUUGAUCCUCAAAUCUUGACCUUAAUACGAGAAGCUAAGUGUAUGUCCCGGAUGGGUCUGGAAAUUCCACCUUUCGCAUUUACCUUGCAACAAAAGCAAGAUAUAUUUAAAAAGAACUUCAAUAAACUACAGCUGAUGUUGGUAGAAAAUACAAGAGUCCGGUCGAAAAUACCUAGUGCAGUUCAACAACUGAUGGGACCUCACCUUUCAAAAGUGGAUGAAGCUAUCCAACCAGGUUUAACCUCUCUGAACUGGACCUCCCUAAAUAUAGAUAAAUAUACAAGUGGGAUUUCUCAGGCCCUAGUUUUCUCACUGGUAUUCAUGAUCCUGAUGCUGGUCCAAGAACUGCUGACACUGACAUUACAAGAACUGUUGGUGUUGACUGGUCUUGAUAGCAGGAGCACAACCUUUGGCAUCAACAACUCUGAGAUUAACCUUGUUACAGGCUACAACAACCAUUUCAAUGUUGUUGGUGCUGGUGUAACCACUGGCACCAGUCAUGGGGCAUGGGACCGUCAGGGCUGUGUUUAA